UGAGGAUCGCGUAUGCGUCCCGGCCCGGUGUCGGAAGAAUCUCGGUAAGGGCCUGUUUGAAUUUUCUGGAUUUCGCCACCACCACCGGCAUACGCACUCUCAAUUUAAACCACGAACGCGCCUUAACCUCGUGUGCGUGCUGUCCAAUAUCACUCGUGUCAUGCGUCGUGGUCGAUCUCAGGCCAGGUUUAUCACCGCAGACACCGAAGGCCAACGCUGAUGUGACUCGGGUUCGAGUCAGUGGACUGGGCGCAAGCCCCCUCCGGUCGGAUACUAUUGACCCUCACCUGCUGGAAUCCUAUGCCACAUGCCAGGUUUGGGAAGAAGGGCAAAACGAGUACCAGAAGAUCAUAACCAAACACCAUCUCCAGCUUCCUAUUUCCAUCCACAACUACAACGACCGCGCCUUGAAUAGAAAGCAGCAAUGGGACGAUUUGGUCAUAGCGUCGCGGACUCUGGUCACGGAAACCAGAACAGGAAAGGUUGUUUCACGCAGCUUCUCCAAGUUCUUCAACUUUCACGAAAAACUUGCGUAUCGACCGACAGGAGGGGAGUACGCGUUUGCGAUAGAGGAGAAGAUCGAUGGAAGCAUCAUUAGCGCCUUCUACUAUCACAAUCAAUGGAUGCUGGUCAGCAGAGCGUCUUUCGAUAGCCCGCAUAUCCAGUCAGCAUGGAAUAUCCUGAACAGCAAGUAUCCUGGGGCCCUGAGGAAACUAGAUCAAGACAAGACAUACGUUUUCGAGCUGAUUGAUCCAUCUAUGCCGAUAAAGGUUCUCUACAAAGCCAAGGACCUCGUACUACUCACCAUAUUCUCGAAGAACGGCGAGGAGCCCCUCUACGAUUUCGAUUGGAAGACACUGCCAUUCUCGCGACCCCGGCUUCACAUGGCUGAUCAGGUCAACCCAAAAGAGUUGAAGACUUUGAACCUGGACAACGAAGAAGGUUUCGUGGUCAAGUUCUGGCGUACCGCCGACGAUCGCUAUCCUCAGCGUAUCAAAGUCAAGUUCGACAGUUACCUCGGCAACUUGGAUCGGGUUCCGAACGUUAAAUCGAACGACUUAGUUCCCCUCCUUCGUGCCCCAAGCAAGGCAUCUGUCCUCGGACAUUACACCAAACAUCGGCUUUCGAUCCCUCACUUCAACACGGCCGUCGUGGCGAAGUACAUGGACGACCGCAAACAACAGUUCCUCCGUGGCCUUGAGGGUAUCGCUGAUGACUACGGCGGAGAUGAAUGGGUACGGGCGAUCGAAUUAAUAUGGGACAGGAUCGACGCCCUCUUCGUGCUCCAGGAAGACGAGUGGCGAGAAAUCGUCGAGAGAUUGCAAAAGGAGGGGUUCAGAGCCCAAGGUGGCGCAACGGGUACGCAAAACAAAGCUCUGGAGAGGAGGGUCCUAAAGGGUGAUGUGGCGAAGGCACUACGCCCUGCACUACGCUCUCGGUUCGCUAGGGAGCCACCCAAGCGGCAUGUCCAGCUUGUCGUGGAGAGCAUGGAAUUCCCGCAGGACCUCAAGUCGACCGAGAACAUCAGGAUCUUGUAAG